AUGGGUCUUCUUCAACUGGUUGAGGACCGUCCGACGCCAACGGCUGUCUACAACUGGCGAAUCUACGUACUCGCUCUUAUUGCAUCAUGCGGCUCCAACAUGAUCGGGUACACAUCAGCCUUUAUUGGCACAACCAUCACAUUGACCUCGUUUGAGACGGAGUUUGGCUUUGAAAAUAUGACCGAGGAGCAGGUGUCGAUGAUAAGUGAGAACAUUGUGUCUCUGUUCAUUGCCGGCGCCUUCUUCGGGGCGAUCCUGACCUAUGCGCUCGGCCACUUUCUGGGCCGUAAAUGGAGUUUGGUAAUUGCCUCUGCCAUCUUCACUCUAGGAGCUGGUCUCCAGCUGGGUGCAACAUCUUCUACCGGGCUUGGCAUCAUGUAUGCCGGACGCGUCUUUUCGGGGUUGGGAACUGGCGUUGCGUCCAACAUCAUUCCCAUUUAUAUUUCCGAGCUAUCACCUCCAGCCAUCCGCGGACGUCUGGUUGGGUUCUAUGAAUUGGGCUGGCAGGUGGGCGGCCUUGUCGGCUUUUGGAUCAACUACGGUGUCGAACUACAUAUGGCCCCGUCGCGUCAGCAAUGGAUCAUCCCCUUUUCCAUCCAAAUCAUUCCUUCAGGGAUGCUAUUCUUCGGCGCUUUGUGGAUAAGAGAAUCCCCGCGCUGGCUCUUUCUCAGGGGUCGUCGAGCCCAAGCAAUGAAUAAUCUUUGUUGGAUUCGUCAACUAGAUGAAAGUGAUAUUUAUAUCAAGGAGGAAGUGGCGGCCAUCGAUCAGACUCUAGAGGAGCAGAUUGCUACCAUUGGCCUUGGUUUCUGGGCACCCUUCCAGGCCGUUUCUAAACGCAAGUCCGUACUCUACCGACUCUUCUUGGGAUGCAUGCUCUUCUUGUGGCAGAACGGCUCCGGCAUCAACGCAAUCAACUACUACAGCCCCACGAUCUUUUCCAGUAUCGGCGUAUCCGAAUCUGAUAUAGGCUGGAUGACGGGCAUCUUCGGUGUCGUCAAGGCCGUCAUGACUAUUUUCUGGCUCCUCUUCUUGGUGGACCAACUAGGAAGACGGAAUCUCCUGCUCGGUGGCGCACUCAUGGGAUCGGCCUGCAUGUGGAUAAUUGGAGCCUAUGUUUGUGUCGCCCGCCCCGACUUACAUCCAGCCAGUCAUGUCAACGGAGCAGGCAUUGCGGCUAUUUUCUUCUUCUAUUUCUGGACGGAAUUUUUUGACCCCAACCUCCGAUCGCUCGCCCAAGCCGUGACAACAUCCAGCAACUGGCUGUUUAACUUCCUUGUCUCCCGCUUCACGAAGCAAAUGUUUGCUAAGAUGAACUAUGGGGUCUACUUCUUUUUCGCAUCCUUGUCAUUCCUAGCCUUCUUCUUCGCCUUCUUCUUCAUCCCUGAGACAGGCGGUAUUCCCCUCGAGGCCACUGAGCGCUUAUUUGAGAUCAAGCCUGUAUGGAAAGCCCACGCGAAACUCAAGGCUCAAUUGAAAGAAGAUGAGAUGCAAUUCCGCUCUGAAAUCAAGGACGGUGUUUUUGGGAAAGAGGAGAACGAGGCGCAUGCACACGUAGAGAAUCCCGCGGAGAAUUCGGCAUCUUGA